UGCAUCUCAGCCAAACUCAGUGGGGCCAAGCUCGCUGUGUGUGCAGCCGCAGUCGCCAUGCGUGUUUUAGCAUUGCUCGCAGUCGCCCUGCGCACCACCUCGCUGCGAGUGAGCAGGCGUCGCUUAGCGGUCGCCGCGCCAGCACCCCUUGCAGCCCUGGCAACCCCUGCAGUGGCCAGCGACGCGCGCACGUAUGCCCGCCAAGGCAUGACGGCGUUCGAGAAGGGCGACGUCGAAGAGUCCAUCAAGCUUUUUGACGCUGCGGAAGAGGCGGACCCGCGGUACGCGACGCGGCUGUGGCAGCGCGGAUUGAGUUAUUACUACGCUGACAGAUUCAAAGAUGCGAGGAAGCAAUUCCUGAUGGACGUCGCCGAGAACCCGAACGACACGGAGGAGGCCGUCUGGCACUUGUUGGCGAUGGCGCGCACCGAAGGCCUGGCGAAGGCGCGGCCGCAGAUGAUCAAGAUGGGCCGGGACCCGCGGAGAGUAAUGCGCACCGUUGAAGAGGCCUUUAGAAAUGGCGACGCGGAGUCGAUCGGUGCUCUCGAACAAAUCGCGACCGACGGCGGCGCGGGCGACCGGUUCUACGCUUCGCUAUAUCGAGGGCUACUGGCGGAGGCCGCCGGGCAGCCCAAGGUGUCGGCGGACUGGAUCUCGAGGGCGGUCGACAACCGCGAGUACGCCUCGAGUGGCGACUACAUGUACGCGCUCGCGAAGGUGCACCAAUCUAGGAGAAAGAAGUAA